AUGACAGCCUCACUCCCAAACCAUCCCGCCCCCCUGACUAACGAGUCCAACGCUUCCUUCAAUAAUCCCCACUUGGCAAACAGUUCGACCAUAUCUUUAAAAAAAACGUACACAUCUCGAGCACUGACCCACAACUGGGAAAAACGUUUAAAGGAACCCUCCCGGGUAGUCUUCAGACGCGCCCCCAACAUCAGCCAAAUGGUGGUGAGGUCUGAUCUUCCAUCGGUGUCACGUAGCACCUUCCUAGACAAUGUGCUGGACGGUAAUUCAAGAUGUGGCCGAUGUAUCCAGUGUAAUUUAACGAACAAAUGCACAAUGUUCAAAUCACCCCAUCAUGGGCAAGGCCAUUAAGAUUAAGGGUAUCAUUACGUGUUCUACAAAUGUGGUAUACCUGAUAAAGUGUAUUUGUGAUCUAUGCCAUGUAGGAAAAAUGAAACGUUCUCUGAAAACAAGGAUAGCAGAACACAGGAGUAAUAUCAAGACUCUUGAUCAGAGAAACCCUGUGGCUGCGCAUUUCAUGGAGGCUCGUCACAACAUCAGAUCUCUGAGAUACAUUGGUAUCGAACAU